AUGGUUCGUAAUCCAGUAAGCGCUUGAUUUCAAAGCGGGCGAGGCGCGCUUUCCUAUCCACGCCGCUUGUUUACCGCUCCGAAUCGACCCUAACCUUACCUUCUCGCGUAAUCUUCGGAGGCCCCAUCUUUCGAGGGAUUCAACCCUUCUGUGACGUCGAGAUGAGUGCGGUCCUAGUUCGGCGAUGAAACUUCCUACCCCUUCGAACCACGUUUUUCUGAAAGCUCGUUUCUGUUUCUUCUUGUACCUGUUUCAUUUUUCCUUCACUUAGGAAAGAAAGUUCCGCGAAUGGUAUCGCGACUUUUGACGAGUUUCUGGCCUUGUUUUUAGUUUUGUUGUUUGUUGGUUUUGUGUAUAGUUUCCACCAAAAUGGUUUUUGUUGUUCAAAGUUUAAGUGAUAUCAGCCUCAAGAAGUUUUUCACACUCGUUCUUCUGAUUUACCUACACGUGGAGCGAAUAAAAGGCGACACGAGCGUGAAGAUAAAAUCCCUGCUGGUGCCGGAGGUGGUGGAGCUGGGCUCCCGAUCGUCGGUGGUGCUGGACUGCGACUACAGCCUGGACGACCCCUCCGGGAAGGCGGCCGGGCUGGUGGUGAAGUGGUUCUUCAACCGGCACCCCUCGCCGGUCUACCAGUGGAUCCAGAACAAGCGGCCGCAGGACCUGGGCGUCCUCAAGGGGCGCCUCAACCUGGACUACCGCGCCUCCAGCGACGCCACCAAGAUGUACCGCGCCCUCGAGAUCGUCAACGUCACCACCGAGCUCUCCGGCGAGUACCAGUGUCAGGUCUCCACCUUCUACAACGAGGACCGCCAGGCCAAGAAAAUGGUCAUUCUAGUUCCUGAAAAAGAGCUUGUUUUUACGACGUCGAAAGAGGGUAACAUGGUGAAUCUAACUUGCUCUGCUGAGGGAGUGUACCCAGAACCGAACAUGACGAUACAGUCUAGUGAUAGGACGCACUCGGGUGAAUAUCUGGUGGAUAAAUUUGAGCGGGACGGUGUUUACGAUAUCAUCGCCCGAUUAGAAGUUUCCGAGGAAGAGUUGGACUCUCCGACGAACUUCGAUUGUGAUUUAGAAAUUCCUGAAGCAAAAUAUUCAAAAAGAAAAUCAUUUACCUAUCAACCGAGGCCUCUAUCCUCAACACCAGACCCGCUUGUGACUUUAACGAGCAAUGCCAAGCAUAGAACGUACCUUGAUAAUAGGAGCUCCAAUAUGGAAUCGGUACAUCUAGUCUGGAUAACUCUUUUGAUUUUUGUUUUCGUUCAGCUACAUUAAUGAAUAUUUGUUUUACUUUGACCUAACAGUGAUAUUCGUCCACUAACUCGGAAUCGACAUAACUUUAUGGGUGUUUGACUGACAUUGGUAUUUUCUUUUCAGGGUUACCAUAGGUCCCACCAAAUUUCCGGUUUGAAAUAUGUUUUUAUGUAGCCGGCUUUUUCAAUGCCAUUGCAAAAGCAUCCAUGUCGGGAUUACUGGAAAUCGAUUUCCAUUAAGUUAUAGGAUGCUGGAGGGCGAAAGAUGCCCAGCAUCCUGCGAUCAUUUAAAACUUCAUGUGAUGAAACAUAGGUUCUGUUGUGAGUUGAGACAUGGAAAUUCUAAAAGAGAACAUCCAAGUAUAAUUGUUGAGCAUUACCCAAAUUUUUGUUCGAGAAUAGCCAAUGUGGCCCUUUUUUACAACACGUAAAGAGAGGAAUAAAACAAGCUUAAUUGCUCUACAGCAUGCUACUUUAAACUUGACUCUCUUAAUUUAAUCAUAACACGGAAAUGUAGAGAUUAUCGAACAUCAUACCUUUACGACAUAAUAUGUUUUCCAAAAAAUGCGCUCGGUGUUUCUAAUAUGUAAUGGACUCACAAUGGUAAAAAUGCUGGAGCUUUUUAAAAUUUUAAUCCUUUCUCCCCCUUUUAUCUGUAUUGAAGUGCGCUUUCAAUUUAAAUAAUUUUCGUUUAUAUUUUUCCUCGUUUUUAUCUUUCAAAAUAAGCGCGGAGAAAAAAUAUUUAAGCUCAUAUUUGAUAAAUCAUCCUGCGUCUUAAAUAAAAACACACUAUUGUUUACCUAUCAUUUAUAUGUUUUAAACUAUUUUUUGUAAAAAUUUUGAAUAUUUAUUUUUAUUUAUUUAGAUUUAAGGUAGGAUUUAUAAAGUUGACCCUAGUAAAUAUUAUUUUUUGUUAUUUUAUCUCGUGUAGAGGUAGGUAUUUGUUUAAAUGAAAGUUCUCCCUGGCGGUGAGUAUCGCAAGUUGUCGAUAUGCGUGUUCAUUCAUUUAAAUUGAAAUAAAAUAUACAUUAUCGAUUCCAAUUUAAACCUAUCAUAAAUUAUCGAUGGAAACGGUUAAGGAGUUUAAAGCACUACACAAGAGUACGUAACUCGCGUACGAGAGUCGCGCCGAUGAUGGAGGACAGGAGCCUCCGAAACACGUCCGCUCCGUCAAAACAUUUUAUGCAAGUGAGUGUUUUCACAAAUUGUUUUUCAAAAGUUUUUAAAAUUGUAAUUUUUAAAAAAAAAAAUUUUAAUUUUUUUUUUAAAUUUUAAAUAACUUAUCGAUUUCAACUGAAGCAGGAUCGAUAUGUAUAUCAAUAUUUUUACAUACAUUUAAAUGGACAAAGCCCAGUGUUCGUCAACUUGCGAGACUCAUCACUGGUCCCCAAUGCAGCCUGAAAAGGUAGUAUGGCUAUUAUACCAAAGUUACUUGAUGUAAAUAAAUAUAUUUCACUAUUGCUGGAAUAGUAUGAAGCUUUUAAAGCUGUACAGUGUAAAUUUUGUACUUACUUGUGUAUUUGAUUGGCUUCCAUAUACCUGUAGCACUUCUCAGUUUGUUCUGGGUAAUCUCUCGUGUUUUAAAAAUUGCCUUUGACUCACAUUGAUUGAACUUGGUUCACUAUGUCUUUUCCCGGCCGAGGAAAUGUAACUACAUUCCAAGGUUGAAAAAUGUCCAUGUGUUACUUAUAUUCUUAACAGGAUACUAUUAAUUGAGCAUCUGCAAGUGAGAAUGGAAUCAAUUUUUUUUUCAGAUCUCACGCAAAAAUAAUCCAAUUUUUUGACGGAUAUUGAAUGGUUACAUUCUCUUAAAAAUGAGUUUUUUUAGGCAGUUUUGCAACCUUGGAAUGGAGUAACCUGGGAAACAACAACAUUAGACAUGACAAUCAGAUUGCCACGCGAAAAGUUUCCUUUACCGUUGAAGGCUAUACAAAGUAAAAUCCUGAAGCUACUACAUUCUUGUUACGCUUAAAAGGAAAAAUAUUGUCACUUCAAGAGUUGGAAACAGUAAUUUGUUACGUCAGCUUGCAACGAUAAGUUGAUGGCUUAUCUUCAAAACCACGCAACUCAAUUGCACAGUUUCAUACUUUUAAAAUAUGCAAUUUAAUUGGAUUUAAUAUAUUUAAAUAUUUGGAUGCAAAAUAAACCAACGUUAUGUCUGGAAUAUUGACUGGAUGACCACGAGAAAUGACAUAGAUGGGUGAAAAUGUCAAGUUCCAGUGUCGACUUGUUCCAAUGCCAAAUAAACUGUCAAAACAAUCCAAAAUGUUGCAAUUUGGACGUUCGAUUUUGGAGAUAAGUCCUCGCACAGGAUAUGUUUUGUUCAAGGAUGUAUGUAUGUAUUGUACUGCUGUAUAUUUGUUUUGUGAAAGAAGUCUAAAGCCAGAUGUAUUAAAAUGGAAUUAGAUGAUAAGUCAUCCGCAUACUAAUAAAAUCAUAUCAUGAUGUUAGGAGAAAUCAGAGGUGAAACAUGUAAAAAAUCAAUGAAAUCUAAUAGCGGCACCUUAGGAUGAUACAUCAUUAUCAAAUUAGCAGCUUGGUUUGCCUAAAAGUUCAAUGAUUAUGAUGAAACUUAAUUUUCUGUUUUGUAUCGCAUUUAGAAGGAAGACAUAAAAAUUUUUCUUUGAGAGUCAUUCCUCCAAAUGUGGAAUCCUAUACUAAAAGCGAUCCCGUAGAUGAACUGGAUUGAGUUUAACAGAAACACAACGAGUGCCAUCAAAUUUAGACCGAGAAACAAUGUUUUCAGUUUUGAAUGUUCGAAAUUCCGAAUGUUUUUAAUGUUCGAAGUUAUGAGGAUUCGUAAAGUUCGGUCGAAAACUAGAUGCGACUAUUCGUGCUCUACGGAUGUCCGUGUUGCCUGCCUAACGAAAUUGAAGGCGUUUCGUUCCGCAGAGCAAUACUAGAUUGAGUUCAACAGCAGGCAUCGUGGCAUGCGAAGUCAAAUCGAGCCAUAGUCCGGAUACAUCUAUUCGUGCUCUGCGGACGUCCGUGUUGCCUACCAACGAAAUUGAAGGCGUUUUGUUUCGCAGAGCAAUACCAGAUCGAAUUCAACAGCAGGCAUCAUGGCGACGGCGUGCACGGUAAAAUCUGGCCAUAGACUAGAUACAACUAUUCGUGCUCGAUGGAUAGCAGAGUUGCCUAUCUGACGAGAUUGAAGGCGUUUUGCGUUUCAACAAAGCAAUACCAAACUGAGUCCCAGCAAAUAGAACCAAGUCACGUCAAGAUCGAACCGAGUUAAGGAUGUUUAAUGUUUCACUCCUCCGUGAGAUUCGAUGUUAAGGACAAAGUUUAACUGCUAUUUUCAUGUUUAAAAUAUUUUUAUCGGCUUUGAAUUUUUGACAUGAGACGAUUUAACUCUUGGUAAAUUUGAAAUCACUCCCAAAUGAUUUAUUGAUUGCGAUUUACUGCGUUUCUGUUAAACUCAGUCCACAUAUAGUAAAAUAGCGAAUAUUUUGAAUAGCUAUGUAAAUGAACAAGUUAAAAAUGUAUUUAAGGCUUUCAUACGUAACUGAAAAAAAAUCCCCCUUAAAGUACUGGUGUCCUGGCACAAUCCCAGAUGGAGUUUUUGAGAUGGAGUACAAACUUUGAAAUAGCUUUUUCUAACAGAUGAAAGACAGAUUUUUCUUUCCUCACUCUAAAAUGUCUAAUCCUCUGUCAAGAACUGAUAAAAAAAAGAGAAAAAUUGCUCAAAUACACAGUGAUUGACUGAUAUUUGAGGUAUAAUGUUUAACCCAGUAAGAAAAUGUCUAGUCCACAGAAAUUGAAAAAUGAACCUGUAAAAUUUAAGUUUGUUGUUGUAAUUCAAAUGUAAUAAAAGUAUUUCUUACGAA